UCUGUUGCCGGGACCUGUGAGUGGCGCAGCCGCUGGCUGGAUUGACGUCUCUCUCGGCCUUUGAUCACUGUGACUGGAAGACCGCGGGUCUGAUCUGCAUCAUGAGUCCUGUUUCUGAAGCAAAUGGCACAUUUGCCUUCCACCUUUUAAAGAUACUCUGUCAAGACAAUGCUUCUGACAACGUGUUUUAUUCUCCUGUGAGCAUCUCUUCUGCCCUGGCCAUGGUCCUCCUGGGGGCAAAGGGAAAUACCGCAGACCAGAUGGCCCAGGCACUUUCUUUAAACACAGAGAAAGACAUCCAUCAUGAGUUUCAGUCAUUUCUCUCAGAAGUAAAUAAGCCUGGCAAGCACUAUGUACUUACAACAGCCAACAGGCUCUUUGGAGAGAAGACGUGUGAAUUUCUCCAAUCAUUUAAGACAUCCUGUCUUCAAUUCUACCUUGCUGAACUGGAGCAGCUGUCCUUUGCCAAAGCACCAGACAUGGCCAGGAAACAUAUAAACACAUGGGUCUCAAAACAGACAGAAGGUAAAAUUCAAGACAUGUUGCCAGAUAACUCAAUUGGUGAGCAGACCAAGCUUGUUCUUGUCAAUGCCAUCUAUUUCAAAGGAAAGUGGGAUGGAAAGUUUGAGGAAACGCUCACAAGAGAAAUGCCUUUUAAAAUAAACCAGAAGGAGCAAAGGCCAGUUCAGAUGAUGUAUCAGGAAGCUGAGUUUAACCUCACCUAUGUGAACGAAGUGCAGGCACAGGUGCUAGAGCUGCCCUAUGAGGGCAGGGAGCUGAGCAUGCUGGUCCUCCUCCCAGAUGAUGGUGUGGAUCUCAGCAAGGUGGAAAACGAUCUCACUUUUGAGAAGUUCAUAGCCUGGUCCAAGCCAGACCGCAUGAAGAGCAUUGAAGUUGAAGUUUCCUUACCACGUUUUAAACUGGAAGAGAAUUAUGACAUGGAGUCUGUGCUUCAGCGUUUGGGAAUGGUGGAUGCCUUUCAACAUGGCAAGGCUGACUUGUCAGUACUGUCAGCAGACAGAGACCUGUAUCUGUCCAGGUUUAUGCACAAGAGUGUUGUGGAGGUGAAUGAAGAAGGCACAGAGGCCGCAGCAGCCUCAGCUGUGAUAAUUGUUGAGUGCUGCUUCCAAGAGCCUGAACACAGAUUCUGUGCUGACCACCCCUUCCUUUUCUUCAUCAGACACAACACAACCAACAGCCUUUUGUUCUGUGGCAGGUUCACCUCUCCAUGAGGGGUAUACUUACUAUAUAUGGGAGCAGUUCCUUUUCUCCAGUGUUCCAUACUUUCUUCUACUUUACAAGUCU